AUGACGUCCGAUUACCCAAUUGCUAAAAGUGAAACAUUGUCAUUGUUGAAUGAAGUUGGAAGUUUUGAAUUUUUAUUAAGUCUGAUUAUUUGGUAUGAACUACUUACAGAAGUAAAUAUUGUAAGUAAGAAUUUUCAAAAUCCUAAUAUGCAAUUAGAUGUUUUAAGUAACAUGCUUAAAGGUCUUAUUGUAUUUCUUGAAAAAUACCGAGACAAUGGAUUUGAAAAAGCAAUGGAAACUGCCAAACAACUAGCAAUUGCUAUUGAGAUUGAACCUACAUUUAAUGAAGUACGUUACAGAAAAUAG